AUGGCCGAGGCCGUGGUCGAGACGAACGCCAAGGACGUGUCCUCGCUCGAGGCGCCAUCAAAGGGCAAUGGCGAGGGCCGUCCCAAGGGCAAGCUUGAUGUCCUCGUCCAGGGCGCGGCGCUCUUCUCCGACGGCUACAACAUUCAGAUCAUCGGCUACAUGAACUCGGUGCUGGCCAAGCUCUACCCGGCGCAGAUGACCACCGAGGUCAAGACGCGUCUCUCCAACUCGAUCCUCAUUGGCGACGUCUUUGGCAUGAUCAUCUUCGGCUUGUGCAUCGACCGCUUCGGCCGUCGCAUUGGCAUCAUCCUGACCACCGUGUUUCUUGUUCUUGGUAUCAUUCUUGCGACGGCUGCCCACGGCGCCACCAUUGAGGGCAUGCUAUGGAUGAUGGUCAUUGGUCGUGGUGUCGCUGGUGUCGGCGCGGGAGGCGAGUACACCGUGUGCACGAGCCAGGCAGUCGAGUGCGCCGACAGCACACCUGCGAUGAAGAAGCGGCGAGGCAUGCUUGUCGCUGUUGCGACCAACGCAGCCAUCAUCUCUGGAUUCGUUGCCUCGUCCAUCGUGUCGCUCAUCGUGCUCGCUGCGUACGGCGGCGAGGCCCACGAGGGCGUUUGGCGGAUCUGCAUGGGCAUUGGCAUUGUGCUCCCGCUCUUCAUCUUCGUCUUCCGCAUGCGCCUCGCCGACUCGGAGCAGUACAAGAAGCACGCGAUCCAGCACAAGGUCCCCUACAAGCUCGCCCUCAAGUUCUACUGGAAGCCCCUGCUCGGCUGCUGCAGCGCGUGGUUCCUCUACGACUUUGUCGUCUACCCGUUCAACCUUCUCGCGCCGACCCUCGUCGCGGGGAUCCAGGGCGACACCAAGUCCACGCUGAUCCAGAGCAUCGGCUGGUCCGCACUGGUCAACUUCUUCGCCCUGCCGGGCGCCUUCAUCGGCGCGCUGCUCAUGGACCGCAUCGGCCGCCGGCAGACCUACGCGCUGGGCUGGUCCAUCGUGUGCGUCUUCGGCUUCGUCAUCGGCGGCGCCAUGAUCCAGCUGAACAAGAUCUUCCCGCUCUUCGUCGUGCUCUACGCGCUCUUUCAGACUUUCUUGUCCGUCGGCCCGGGCGACUGCAACUUCCUCGUCUCGUCCGAGUCGUUCCCCACCCCGCUGCGCGGGCACUUCCUCGGCUUCGCGGCCGCCGUGGGCAAGGCGGGCGCCGCGAUCGGCACGACGGCGCUGUCGGCCUGUCUGGCGUCGUACAACGGCUCGGUUCAAGGCCAGCAGGUGGUUUUCCUGAUCGGGUCGGCCAUCUCGGUUGUUGGUACUCUGGUUGUGUGGUUUUUGAUUCCCAAUCACCCGGAGAACCUUGAGGACGAGGACGUCCGUUUCCGCAACUACCUCGAGCUCAACGGCUACGACACGAGCGAUAUGGGGCUCAAGACGCCCGUCAAGACUCUGUCAUAAAAGGUUUGAUUGCUAGGCAGAAGAGAAGAGGAGACAUCAAAAGUCUUGGCGGG